CAUGACCCCUGUCUGUGCCGUCUCUCCCCAGGUGUGAAUCACUCUGUGCUGAGGCAGGUAGGAGAGCAGUUUCUCAGUGUCCGCAGUGGGGSUGGAGUUGCUGGGGCCAAGGCUGUAUACCGCGGAGGUGAGCUGCGGGUGCAGAAUGGGACCGGUCUGGUCCACUCGCUGAUCGCCAGCGAGGGCGGUGUGACUGGAUCAGCAGAGGCCAAUGCCUUUAGUGUGCUGCAAAGGGUUCUGGGAGCCGGGCCACACGUAAAGAGAGGCUCCAACGUCACCAGCAAACUGAGCCAGGGCAUCGCCAAGGCAACCACACAGCCCUUCGAUGCCACAGCCUUCAAUGCCACAUACGCUGACUCUGGACUCUUUGGAGUCUACUCCAUCGCCCAAGCCGACUCCGCAGGAGAGGUGAUCAAAGCUGCCAUCGCCCAGGUGACAGGGGUUGCGAAGGGAGGCGUGUCCGAGGAUGAUGUUGCCAGAGCAAAGUGAGUUCACUAAACAACAUGGCUCAUUAAGU